CUUGCAUAAUUGAGUUUCCUAUUUCUUCAUUUAGAGAGAGAGAGAGAGACAUCACUGAAAGAGUGAGAGUAAUGACGGACGGAGCGGUUGGGGAACUGGUAUCUCAGGGGAUAAACUCGUUGGUUCAAAUUGUGUCGGACAAUGUGAGGCUGGUUCGUGGCAUAGAUUCCGAGAUAAAGGAUCUCACCUUCGACAUCCAAAUGUUCAACGCCAGGCUCAUGGAAGCUUCCAAGAACCCAAGGGCCAAUGACUACCAAGUUUUGAGACUAAUAGUGAAUAGAUUUCGAAGCGUUGUGAAUGAAGCCGAGGAUACGAUUGCGGACUACAUUGUACGGAAGAAGAAGCAUGGGAACAAUGCCUUCUCAAAAUCUUUGGAUAAGAUUCCACUUUGUGGAAAGGUGAAUGCCUAUGCGAGCGAGAUCCAAUCCAUUAGGACAAAGAUGAAUGCAAUUCGACAAGACCACGAAAAAGAACUUCAAGACCUCAUACAGUACGAAAUCAAAGACCAGGAUAAGGCUCUGAAAACUUCCCACCAGGCUCGACCAACAGUGGAGAAAAAUGAGACAUUCGGCUUUGAAAAAGAUUUAGAAGACAUGAAGGCUCGUUUGUUAGAGGCAUCCGAUAAUUAUAUUGUGAUCCCAAUUGUUGGGAUGCCUGGUACCGGAAAAACUGCAUUUGCCUCAAUGCUUUUUAACGACCUAAGCAUUCUCAACAAUUAUUCGGUUCGCAUUUGGGUUCCUGUUUCAAAAUGGUGUGAUAUAAAACAGAAAUUCAUCAGCAUCAUUCAUCAAAUCACCAAGAGUACCACCAAAGACUUAAUCACCGAGAAGGAAGAAAUUCUGAAAGAUACCAUUCAGACCCGUUUAAAGGAUCAAAAAUACUUCAUUAUAUUGGAUGAUGUAUGGAGAAAAGAAGAUUGGGAUUCAUUACAAACUGCAUUCCCUAAAAACAUGAAUGGAAGUAGAGUCGUGGUGACUACUCGACAUGACAAUGUAGUUGAUUCUACCUGCUGGAAAUCUCAUAAUUUAGGAAUGUUGAGUGAUGAUAAUGGUUGGUUGCUUAUAAAAAAUAAUGUUUUUGGUACAGAGGGAUGCAGUGACAAGAAAUUAGAAGUUAUUGGGAUCCAAAUAGCAAGAAAAUGCCAGGGAUUACCACUUGCUCUAGUAGUGGUAGCUGGUAUCAUACGAAAAUGCAUAACUUCUACGGACUGGCAACGAGUGGCUGAUUAUCCGCUUCUAGAAAUCAACCGAGAAGACCAAAGUUACCAUGAGAUCGUUAAGAUGAGCUACAAUGAUCUGCCUCAUGAGAAGUUGAAAAAUUGUUUCCUGUAUUUUGCAUAUUUUCCCAUGGGGCAUGAGAUUGCUAUAUGGAAGUUGGUUUGUUUGUGGAUUGCUGAAGGAUUCAUUCCAACAGUAAAUGAGUGGGAAUACCCUAUUGAUGCCGAAGUUGAAGCUCAAAAAUAUUUGAAUAUUCUUGUUGAUAGAAAUCUUGUGACGUUGAUCAAAAGAAGAGCAGACGGUCAAAUCAAAACAUGCCGGAUCCAUGACACAUUGCAUGAGUUCUGCAAAAGUGAAGCUCGAAGGAAAAAUUUAUUCCUUGUAAUGGAUAAGGAGCAAAGCAGGUUAGAUGAGAAUACUUGUUCAGCUCGUCGUCUUUGUUUUCACUCUUUUACUACAGACACAUCUGAUGACGAAAAUAAAUCAUCUUGCUGCUUCCUCAAUUGGGAUGAUCAAAUGAGGAGUUUAUUUUCUCCAUUUGGCAAACGUAUCCAUUCUUUGUUUCUGUCUUCCCCACAAAAGAGUGAUGAGGUUCCUCUUACACGAGAUGGAUUAGCAGCCAUCCCAAAUAUUUUUCCUCUUCUUAGGGUGUUGAAUAUUGAAUACAUUAAGUUUAACAAUGGCUCGUUGCCAAAUGAGGUUUAUAGGUUAUAUCUUCUCAAAUAUAUUGCUAUCUCAGGCAAUCUCAACCUCCUCCCAAAAUCAUUCAAAAAUCUGGUUGAAUUGGAGACUUUGGUGAUCAAAACCACAGAAAGGACACUACAAAUUGAAGGAGGCAUAUGGAACAUGGAAAAGUUAAGGCAUGUACGCACCAACACCUCUGCGCAAUUACCCUUUCCUCCCAAAACAAGCAAAGCUAACUCUGGAGGAAAAAAUAUCCUCACACUUUCAACAAUAUCACCAAAAAGCUGCACAAAACAGAUCUUUAGAAGAACUCCCAAUCUCCAAAAAUUGGGUGUUUGUGGGAAUUUAUCCCAACUUCUAGAGGGAAAGCAAGAAACUUGCCUGUUCAACAAUCUUCAAUUGCUAAAGUGCCUGGUAAAUUUGAAACUGUAUGGCCAGCACGACGAAGGGUUAACAGUCCCAAUGCUAGACAAGUUUGCAUGUAGGUUAAAAAAGUUGAGCUUCUCCGGCACAUGGUUUGAGUGGAAAGACAUGAGAGUAUUGGGGUUGUUGGAGGAGCUUGAGGUGCUGAAGUUGGAUGACUAUGCAUUCAAGGGGGAAAAUUGGGAACUAAGCAAUGAUGUUGUUUUCAAAAGACUUCAAUAUUUGCGCAUAGGAAGGAUGAAACUAGAAACUUGGACGGCCACAGAGAAUAACUUCCCAACUUUAAGAAGUCUAAUCCUAAGCUGUAGCACCCUAAAAAAAAUUCCAGAAGCUUUUGCUAAGGUACAUACCCUUAAAGUAAUGGUAUUAUUUAACGUGAGUGAAAGUGCAACUCAGUCCGCGAAAGGGGUAAGAGAAAGCAUAAAAAGCGGUGGAUUCAAGCUCAACAUAACCGCUGUAAAGCAAAAGGUAGUGAUUGGCACCUCUAUGAAGGAUCAGAAGGCUCGUGCCAAGGCCAUGAAGAUUGCCAUCAGCUUCCCAGGAGUUGAAUCCGUAUCUGUUCACGCGGAGAGGGGAUACUUAGAGGUGAUCGGCGACGUCGACGCAGUGGCUGUGGUCAACAGGCUGAGGAAAAUGUUGGGGCAGGCGGAAAUUAUACGCGUUGGCCCGUUUGAGAAAAAGGAGGAGAAGAAGGCGGAGACACCAACACCACAAAUCUAUAGAUUCGACCACCCCAGCACCUCUACUUCAUCACAAGAAAUUGUUUCUGCUGAUUAAUUGUCCGGAUUAAUUGCUGAGUUGAUGUGUGUGUUUUUCUGGAUGCAAAGAAUGUGUGGAUCAAAACUGUGCUACCUAUUUUUAUAUCCUUCUUGUCCGUGAUCUCAUAUAAAGACAUGUGGUUCGAUGUUCGAUGAAUUCCCAAGCAUUGAGUGGCACACAUUCAUGUUGAAAGCCAAUUUAAGUGCGAGUUAGUGAUUUCAUAUUGUUGGGAGACUAUUUUUCUAUUUCCAAUUUGUGAUUACUUUCUCAUGACUUUCAUAGGGUAUUUUGGUAUGACAGUCAAGGAGUAAGACUUAUUUAUCAUUUUU